CACACAUGUUUCUCACAAAAGAAUGUGUAUAAACAAAUGCGAGAAUACGACGCAAAAUCAGAGCAAGCAGAGAUAUUUUAAGAAACCAUUGCAAUCAACUCAAUAAUUAAUUGUGGAUAUCACAUUUUGGAAGCAGGUAACACGAUCUAACGUACGUCACAAAAGUGGAAAGAAAGCAAUAAUAUAAUGCAAUAAAAUAUACUCUCCUCUUCCUCGAGUACCAGCUCGGUUGAUUUGUUCUAAAAUAUUUGUAAAAUGGACCCUGGAACGGCCUACGCUAUUGUGAGCACGGUCGCUUAUCCCGUCGUAAAAUUAGGAGGACUUGGGGCGUCGUAUAUUGGACCGUGGAUUGGUUUCACAGCUUCGGGAAUUGCAAAGGGAUCUCUCGCCGCGGCCGCACAGUCCUCAAUUCCUAAUGUCGUGGCUGGGUCGAUUUUUGCAGGGAUGCAAUCUGCCACUGCCACCACGGCGGCUGUUGGUUCAGUUGUGGGAUUACCAACCGUUGUGGCGGGGGUAGCGACGUAUGGAGCUUACAGAUUGUGGAGAUUCACUCGUUAACCCGUAGCUUCAACAAAUAAGCGACAAAGUUCUCAGGCCUCUUUCACAACGGAUAAUACGCAGCAACGUAUUAAUUUUAAAUAACUGUACAAAUUACAUUUAAGCGCAUUUCACGUUUUAUAAGUCACUGGGCGCUACAGUAUUGAUAUUGAUUAACUAAUGGACAAUAAAUUAAUUUUUAUUCUGUAAA